AGCACUUAAAGACGACAGAACUCCAGCCGCAGCUUGAGCCUGCCUCAGCGAUGGAGGGACAGAAUCUAGACCAGUUUUGACAUUAGCAGAAGGGGCCCAGACAGAGGCAGAGUGAGUGGGCUGCAGUCCUAGGUUCCACUGAUUCCACAGCAUCUAAAAACCAGAAAGACAUCCGAUGUCUCAGACAGUCCAGCCGAGGCGGUCCACCCAGAACGCCGCAAUGGCCCCAAGGCCCGUGCUCAGGAACAUCCAGGAGGUGCUGCAGAAAGAGAUGGUGCGGGAGUUCCUGGCCGAGACCAUGAGCACCUAUGUCAUGAUGGUGUUUGGCCUUGGUUCCGUGGCUCAUAUGGUUCUAGGAGAACAAAAGAUGGGGAGCUAUCUUGGUGUCAACUUGGGUUUUGGCUUCGGAGUCACCAUGGGAGUGCACGUGGGAGGCGGCAUCUCCGGAGCCCAUAUGAACGCAGCCGUGACCUUUGCCAACUGUGCACUAGGCCGGAUGUCCUGGAGGAAGUUCCCCAUAUAUGUGCUGGGCCAGUUCCUGGGCUCCUUCUUAGCUGCGGCCACCACCUACUUACUAUUCUACGGUGCCAUUGACCACUUUGCGGGCGGAGACCUGUUGGUGACUGGUUCCCUGGCCACCGCCAACAUUUUUGCCACCUAUCUUCCUGAACACAUGACCUUGUGGCAGGGCUUCCUGGAUGAGGUGUUCUUGACCGCGUUGCUCCAGCUGGGUCUCUUCGCCAUCACAGACAAGCAGAACAAUCCAGCGCUUCAGGGGACUGAGGCCCUGGUGAUAGGCAUCCUUGUCUGCAUCAUUGGGGUGUCCCUGGGCAUGAACUCGGGGUAUGCCAUCAACCCGUCCCGUGACCUGCCUCCCCGCUUCUUCACCUUCAUUGCUGGCUGGGGUAAACAAGUAUUCAGAGCCGGGAACAACUGGUGGUGGGUACCAGUGGUGGCACCCCUCCUGGGCUCCUACGUAGGUGGCAUUGUGUACCUGGGCCUAAUUCACUCCAGUAUACCACGGGAACCUCAGAGUUCGGAGAAUGCUGAAGCGGGAGACCAGAAGAUAACCGUAUCAUCAUCCAAGGUUCUCCUCACCCCCAUCUCUAUGACCCCAGCUUCCACCCAACCCGUUCCACCCCCAAGUGACUUGGUGCCUGUAGAGCGCUUCUAAGUAGAGCUCUCUAUGACCAUAUCCUUACUGCAAUAAAGCACACCUCAAAUGCGGUGGCCCUCACUCCCUGGGACCUCCUGUCGCUGGACUCCUGGGCUCUUCUGGGAGCUAUUUCAUCAUGGAACUUGUCGUGUAGAGCAGUCUGGCCUUGCGCUUGUGGCAAUCUUCCCGCUUCUGCCUCCUGAGUGUUGGGAACACAGGCAUUUACCACCCUGCCUGGAAUAUUCCAGGGUUAUUCUUCCAGGCUCUUUUCUUAAUACUGGGGCACAGGACCAAAAGACUCCAAUUCUUUCCACUCCAGGAGGGGUGGACCUGGAAGAAUGUCUGGGCGGGGCCUCACAGUGGUGUAAAGAAUACCACACAGACUGGUGGACCUUCAUGCAUUGGUGCAUGCGUUGGGGGGAUAGUGAGAAAAAGACCAGAGGUAGCAGGUGGUGGGCAGAUUUGGAGAAUCUUUGGGGGUGCCCUGGGGUGGGACUAUAGGGUCUUCUGCUUCUCCCUUUGUCCAGUUUGGAGCAGAGAAGGCAAGGCCAAGAGUUGACAUCAGGAUUUCAACCCUUUCAUUAGAGCCUUUAGUGGUCUUUUUUAGCUUUGCACCCUCCCUCCUUGAAGAAGGGUAUUGUGUAGCCCAGGCUGGCCUUGAACUUUGGAUCCUCUGGCCCCCACUUCCUGAGUUCUGGGAUUACAGGUGUCCACCACCAUACCCAGUUUAUACGGGAUGCAGGGGACUCAAACCCAGGGCCUUGUGUAUGCCAGAUAACAUCUAUCAACUAACAAAUCCACAGUUCUCCAGACCCAUCUUUUCUAAUUAAAGAUUUUAAUACCACA